AAGAGAGAGAGCGCACACACACACGAGAGAGAGAGAGAGAGAGGCGGUAAUGGAAGAGUCAGCAACAGAAGAGAGCAUUGUAGUGCCACACGUUCAGCAGCUGUAGCAGCAGCAGCAGCAGCAACAAAAACAGAGAACGCAGAAUACAAAAAGGCCUUGGAGAGCGGCGAGGCCAGUAGUUUAGGUCGGCUCAGCGCAAACCAGAACCGUGCGGCAAGGCAUCGGCAGGCGUUUUCGGACCGAUAGCGCCAGAUCUGGCAGGCAGAGCUGCUACAGAGAAAGGGGGAGGGAGUGCACUGCUAGCGAUCCUGCCAGAAACACCUGUGGUUUUAAGGAAUGGAUGGUGAGGGCGAAUCGGUCUAGGAGCGACCACGGACGAUUGGUUCAAGUGCAGCAGGAUGCAGCAGGCGUGCAGUAACCGUACGGUGUUUGUGUAAAGGGCCGGCGCACGGCUGAAUGCUGUGUCGCGGCGCGUGCCAGCUGUGCCGUGGCAAACCGGGAAUCAGUGUGUGUGUGUGCGUGUGUGUGCGCGCGCGGCAUAUAAGCAGCACAAAGUGGAGUGGCACCAGUAGCAGCAGCAGCAGCAGCCGCAGCAGCCGCAGCAGUCUCCUCGGUAGUGCAAGGCGCCGCGGACCAAGCUGCACCCAAGGCAGCAACCCGGAACGAAUCUCAGGACUUCAAUCAAUCAAGCGAACCCGCCCCCGGGGUGGAGGAGGGUGCGUAGCCCGUUCAUCGUCGGAGCGUACGUGUGUGACCAUCACAAACACACACACACACGCACGCACGCACGUACAUAUACACUUAUACAUACAGUCAUUCGCGCGGAUCGGCCCACAGUUUGGGGGCGCACUAUCCUGUCCGAGCCGGCGGGCCCGAAGGAAGGAACUGCCGCGCCGCAUGCCGGAGGUGUACUGAAGGGGGGGGCGAGCCGUGCCUAAGAUGCUCGCCCGCACCUUGCCGCAGCAAGGAACUCUUUCAGUAGCGUCACCGCGUCAGAAGGCUCCCAGCCCGGUGCAGUGGUGCGUAGUGCGGCGAUGGGAAGAGAGCCGUACCGCUGGGGCACAUCGUAGCCUCGUCGUGACCGGUUGCCUCUGGAGCGCGGAGGAACCACCAGCCAGCAGCAACAGCGGCAGCGGCGGCAGUGUAGCAGUUGUAGUAGCAGCAGCAGCAGCAGCAAACGUAGCAGUAGUAGUAGUAGUAGCGGUGGUAGUGGUAGUAGUAGUGGUAGCGCAGCAUCAGCCACGGUCCAACGAUGCAUCGCCUGCGCAACACCUUCACUAGGUCCCGGACGCCCACGGGUGCGGAGAUGAAAACCCAAAGCUCGCUCGAGGUGCCGAAGCAGGUACGCUCUGCCUCGUUCGACGAGAUACAGCUCGAGGCGCAGCGGGCGAGCGGCCAGCAGCGAUCCCUGUCGGUGGCGGGAGCGGGCUCAUCCACGGCCGACGACGGGGGCUCGGGGGGCAUGCCGGGCGUCGGCAGCCUGCUGCUGCAGGUGCCGCAGACGGCGCCCGGCCAGCGGUCGCGCAGCUUCGACCUGGCCGGGUCGGCCUCGGACGAGGGAAGCGCGGUGGCGGCCGCCUUCCUCGACGUGCCGAAGCGCUUCCAGCGCCGCAAGUCGAGCUCGAAGACGCCCCCGCCGUGCAUCCACUGCCUGUACCUGGAGGAGUACCGGCGGCUGAUCGGGGUGGAGCAGCGGCUCUACUACGACAGCGAGGAGUACCAGGCGUACGUCGACUACACCUCCAGCUCCUGCUCCUCCGGGGACGACGAAGACGACGAUGAUGGUGACGACGAGGCGGACGAGGCGGGUGGUGAGGAGGACGGCACGGAUGCUGACGCUGCCGGGACCGUGCUGCGGGUCAGAGCAACGCACGAGGAGGAGGGGGAGGAGCAGGUGGAAGGGGGGGUGGGCGCGAGUGUGCACCGAGUGGCGGCGGUCGGGCUCGCCGGUCCCAGCGGCGGUCCGGAAGAAGCGAGAACACACUUUACCGAUGGCUACUACGACUACGACUACUACUACGACGACGACGAGGACGAGGAGGAGGACGAAACGGAGGAGGCGGAACCGGACGAGGAGAAUGAGCAGCAUUGCACCACCGCCACCAUCGCCGCCAUCGCCACUACUAAGGUGGAGCAGAAAAAGGAGGCGGAGCUCACGUUCGGGCUGGAGGCGCCCGCCUACGACUACGCCUCCCUGUUUCAGCGCGUCUCCCCCCGGCGCCGACCACGCGUCGACGGAGAAGGCAGCACGCUGCUGUCACCGCCGGCGUCCAUUGCUUCGCCGUGCCGCAUCACGCUCACCCUUUCCCCGACCAAACCAGACGAAGAGGAAGACCAGCAGCAGCAGCAGCAGCAGCAACAAUCACAGCAAACAGAGCUUCGCACGGCAGAGAUCGCACUGAUGCUGCCCGAUGACGGCAGUAGUGGCGAGCUGGGCGCGGUAGCAGAAGCGCACGACACACGGCCACCCCUGCCGGUGACGGUCGAGCCGGCGGAGGAUGGCGUGGAGCCGCCCGCGCCGAGCCGCACCCGCCGCCGGUCCAUCUCGCGCCAGGAAGCGAUCAUCGUCGAGCCGACGGGCAGCUCGCUCGAGAACGUCUCGAACGCGUCCGAAAGCCGGCCGGCCACGCCGCCCCGCCUCGUACCCGACAUCCACACCAGCAGCGACGAGCUCGACUGCCAGCAGCAGCAGCAGCAGCGAGACCGCGCGGCACAGCGGGGCCGAGCCGCAUCGAUGGGUCCGAUUUUGGCGGGCGCCACUGUGCGCCCGGCCCCGCCGCAGGAAUCGCCGCCACCGUCGGCCGGCCCGACGGUCCAGCUGCCGCCGCCGUCGUCGGCCGCCACAUCGCAGGCGGCCGACUUCGUGCGCGACAUCUACCUGCAGGUGCCGGACCUGAAGCGGGACCGGGCCGCCUCCGUCGACUCCUGCUUCGCCAAGAUGGUGCUGCAAUCAACCGCCUCCCUGCUGUGCAUGGCGUGCGUGGCGCGCGUCACACAUCUCAGCCGAGCGCGCGUCCGGCCGAAGCGACAGCUUGGCCGGCUGCUGCACCGUACGCGCGAUCGGCUUGCCCGGAUGUCGUCGCGUUGCGGCUGCUGCUGCGGGUGGCCAGGCGGGACGGUCCGGGCUAGGCGGCGCAGCCACUGUCCCCCGACGUACGGCCGGAGCGCCAGCUAUCCCGGGCGCCGCUGCUCGUUCGGUACGUUCGGGGCGCCCGGUGGAGCGGCCGGUGGCCGGUACCGGCGCCGGUCGGUGGCAGCAGGUGGGCUGGCGGUGCGGAAAAUCUCCGCCAGCGGCCGGUACGCCCAGCCGUGGCCGGUGGGCGAGGGUGCGUACGGGCUGGGCAGCUCGUGGCCCGGCCGGCGUCGGGCGUUCCGCGUCCGGGACCGUUCGCUGGUGGCGCUGCGCAUGAGAAGAAGAGGCGACCCGCACGGACGUCAGAUACGCUGCACUCCGGACUGGAGUGAAAAUGCCGUUUCCGGUGACCAUCUCUGGGUGCCAACAUCCGUUUCGGGCGAUUGCUGCUGCGUCGGCGACAACGAGUGCACGAAGCAUGGACCACGGAUGAAGUGUGCCGCGUGCAAGAUCAUCGCGCACGCCAGCUGCAUCUCGGUCCUGAUGGAGCGCAGCCAUCUGCAGUGCAAACCGACGUUCCGGGACGUGGGCGUGCGCCAGUACCGCGAGCAGACGAAAACCACCCACCACUGGGUGCACCGGCGCACCGAGAAGGGCAAGUGCAAGCAGUGCGGCAAGUCCCUACAAGCGAAACUAACGUUCAGCUCCAAAGAGAUUGUCGCGUUAUCGUGCGCCUGGUGCAAGGCGUCCUACCACAACAAGGAAGCGUGCUUCAACCCGGAACGUAUCGGGGAAGAGUGUACGCUUGGCACGCACCGCAGCAUUGUAGUGCCACCGUCCUGGAUCGUGAAGCUGCCACGCAAGGGUAACUUCAAGUCGUCGCUCCGCAAAACGCCCCAGAAGAAGAAGUCGAAGGCGGGCAAGAAGGUGUCGAUACCGCGCGAGCCGCGCACGUUCGUCAUCAAGCCGAUUCCGACCGCCAACAUCACGCCGGUGCUCGUGUUCAUCAACCCGAAGUCGGGCGGCAACCAGGGCGCGAAGCUGCUGCAAAAGUUCCAGUGGCUGCUCAACCCGCGCCAGGUGUUCGACCUCACGCAGGGCGGGCCGCGCAUGGGGCUUGAGCUGUUCCGCAAAGUACCACAGCUGCGUAUACUCGCGUGCGGCGGUGACGGUACCGUCGGCUGGGUGCUGUCCGUGCUCGAUCAGAUUAACUUUGUGCCGCCACCGGCGGUCGGUGUGCUGCCGCUCGGUACCGGCAACGAUCUUGCCCGUGCCCUUGGUUGGGGAGGUGGCUAUACCGACGAGCCGAUCGGUAAGAUUUUGGCCAACAUCGGCAACUCCGACACGGUGCUGCUCGAUCGCUGGAGCCUGAAGGUGGAACCGAACACCUCGGUGCCGAACACGGGCGACGGCAAGGACAAUCUGCCACUGAACGUGGUCAACAACUACUUCUCGCUCGGCGUCGACGCCCACAUCGCGCUCGAGUUCCAUGAGGCGCGCGAGGCGCAUCCGGAAAAGUUCAACUCGCGGCUGCGAAAUAAAAUGUUCUAUGGCCAGGCCGGCGGCAAGGAUCUGCUGAAGCGCAAGUGGAAGGGUUUGGCCGAGUUCGUGACGCUCGAGUGCGACGGCAAGGAUCUGACACCGAAGCUCAAGGAGCACAAGGUGCACGCGAUAGUAUUCCUCAACAUUCCAAGCUACGGUGGUGGUACGCAUCCGUGGAACAAAUCCGGUGGCCAGUUUGAGCCGGCCACCGACGAUGGCAUGAUCGAGGUGGUUGGCCUCACCACCUACCAGCUGCCGCUGCUGCAAGCCGGCGGCCACGGCACCUGCAUUACCCAGUGCCGCACCGCCCGGAUCGUCACGUCCAAGACAAUACCGAUGCAGGUGGACGGCGAGGCGUGCAAGCUGAACCCAUCCAACAUCGAGCUGACCCUGCUGAACAAGGCUGUGAUGCUGGCCAAAAAGAAACCGGGCCGGGCUAAUGUACCGCAGGAAAAGCUGGAAUCGCUCCACAUGAGCCUGAUGAAGAUCAUGAUGGCGGACUACGAGCAGCACCAUUACGACAAGGAGCUGCUGAAGCAGUCGGCGGUCAACCUGGGCAGCCUGGAGGUGCCGGUCACCGACCUGGAGCAGGUGCGCGUCCUCAUCAACAAGUACUGCGGCGAGCAGCCGGACAGCCCGAAGCUGUCCCCGGACUGGUGCUUCAUCGACUCCUGCACUGCCGAGCGGUUCUUCCGCGUCGACCGGGCCCAGGAGAAUCUGCACUUCAUCACCGACAUCGCGAACGACUGCGUGUUCGUGCUGGACCAGGAGAGCCCGACGCUGCCCCAGACGCCCGAGGACGAGCAUCGGCGGCUCGGGGCCCACGGUACGCCGGUCGCCGGCAGCCUCGAGUCGGGUGACGGUGGCGCCCCCUGCUCGCCGCAGGCCGGCAAACUGCUCGACCGUUCGCUGUCUGGGCCGCCCGCCGCCAGUGACAUUCCAUCGCGCAAGGGUUCGCAAGGCUCGCAGGAUGCGGACGGGCAGCAGGCGCGCCCCCCGAUCGGGCACGACUCCGUCGGCAACGGGCAGAGCCUGGACCAGAUGGUCAACUUCAAAAGCGAUUUCGAAGAGGUGCUCUUGCCACCGAUUGUCAAAAGCUCGACCUACCGUUCGACGCUGCGAUCGGCGCCGAGCGCGCGGUCGUCCUCCUCGUCCGCCCAGGGCCAGGGACGGUCGCAGCCGCCCGCCGGACAGCCGGGGGGUAGCUCCGGCCACUGUCCGGCGGAGGGCAGGCCCCGGUCGACCAUGCGGUCGAAGUGUGACCCAAGGUUGGUAGAAGGGAAGGAAGGAGGAAGCGUGCCUCGGCUUGUGCGACAUCAUCACCGCCCAGCACCAGUCACCGCCCUUUAUAUAAUGUUAAUGUUCAAUUUGCUGGAGAAAACAACGGACGCUGUAAUUAAGGCAGCGAAAACGGGUGACUUGGUGAUGUUAAAGGAUCUCCAUCUGCAAGGCUACUCUCUUCUCUCCAUCGACUCGACCGGCCAGACUGCCCUGCAUCACGGUGCCCGCUGUGGCCACAAGGACAUCGUACGCUAUCUCAUCUCUUACGCACCGAACUCCAUCAUCAACAUGAUAGACAACGAACGUAAGGGACAAACGGCACUGCAUAAAGCGGCCGCCGGACGGCAGCGCAGCAUCUGCUACAUGCUCGUCGCCGGCGGUGCGAACCUCAACAUCCAGGACAAUGACGGCCGUACCGCACGCAUGCUCGCCUCCAACGCGGACGACUUCGAGCUGGCAUUCUACCUCGAGAAUCAAGAGCAGUUUCAGCUUAUCGACUUCCGAAGCAACAACAUCUGAAGUGCAGUACAGAGCACACUAGCCCACAUCCUCUUCCCACCCUCUCCCGGCGACCGAUAGUGAUAGAGGGGAAGGAGGGGUAGGGGUUUACUCGCUGCCAUGGCUAAUUUAUACUGCUCACGAAGGGAUAGGGAGAAAGGAAUGCCAGCAGCAGCAGCAACAACAAUCAAACAAUACGUCGUUCCAGGCCGAGCGUGGCGUAUCGGUACGAUCUCGCUCGCACCCACAACCCACAGGGGGGGUCGAUCGCUUUUCCGAUCUCGAAGACAAGACCAAGCGCGUCCCCCCAAAUACCACGUAGCGUGCCGUCAGUCCUGCCACGGAGUCCGUCCCCCGUACGAAUUAUUCGCCUUUUGUUUUGUGUUUCUGGCCGUGCAACGGAGUGCGGUUUGACGUUUUUUGUUCGAUAGUGUCGAUGGUUCGAGCGGCGAUAGCAGUGUGUGGCGCGUGAUUGCAGGCGUGACCACGUGGUGAUAGUAAGAGAAUACCGUGUGGAAGAGAGACGGGGAGCAAAGCACAUCGAACCGAGCGGAGCGAAAGAAGUGACACAGCGGACAGCAGCGCCCAGCAAAUGGAACUGGAAAUAAUACAACACACACACACGUACACUCAGCCACAUGUACGCUCAUGCAGGCACGCACUGCACACUAACAUGGUAUCACACGAAAAGAGCCGGCACGUAGCCUAGCGUUUGCGGCACAGGACAGUAUGAAUCUCUCGGCCAAACUAUUUCAACGUACUAUUAGCUAUUAUCACAAACGCCGAUACAUCACCAACACUACUACUACUAUUAGCGUUUGUCUCCUGUACCGGACCGUGCGCUGCACAAUUCUACUGAUGUGGGUGUAUGUGUGUGGAACUUUUUGUGCAGCGCGUGGUCCACCAAACUAGCACUAGAUGUUUGUCACUUACACACACGCAGAGAAACCCAAACCAUAAACACAGCGAAUUUUGCGGAGUGGGAGAUAUCUCACAAAAACUCACAACUGUCAAAACAAAGUGUGUGACGAUUUGCUGUGACGGAGCAGCAGAUAGAGCAGAGCAAAAACUAAGAAAUAGUAAAAAGAAUACAAAUACAUAUACCCAUAUAAGCAUAUAUUUUAAUACAACCGCCCUUUAAAACUGUAUAGUAAGUAACGCCGCAGCAAGCGUUACUGUAGCGUGGCACCAAUAGGCGAACGGCCACGCAUAGCGACAAAAAGCCGGACAAACCAAACCAAAAAAUAGGUUGACUAUGCCGUCGUGACGUCAUUUGACGUUUUCGCUGUAAUAGUGUAGUGGUGAUACAAGUUCUAGGGAGGUAAAAAGCUAAAACUCAUGUUUGUAGUUUAUUGCUUUUCCCAUUUAGUGUUUCGUCCUGCAGUCCUGCUUUGGUUUGUGAAACGUACGUUUUAUGUCAGCCAUUUUGAGAAAUAACGUUUGCACGUUAAAACAAAUAAAAUGACUUCUAUUCGGAUGGCUAUAGGAAAAAAAACUAAAACAUACAAUUCCUUUUCAUAAACUUCGCUUCAUGAGUAAUAAUUUAAAAUUACUUGGAAAAAUAAAUAUAAAACAUUGCAAGCAAUUUCCACCAUGGUGGACGAAGACAUGAGUGUAGACAUGUCGUUAAGUUCUCACUUCGAUUUUUACAGUUUUCGUGACAGAAUUGUUAGAGCUUCGGCAUCAUGUCGGUCCAGAAAUUCUCGAUGAGAUUUCUGCCAUGAUUGCUUCGAGUUGUGGCGCCAUUGGCUGCCGCAGCGAAACCAAUUUCACCACGCAAUUUCACCUUCCUGUCAUGUAUGUUCUUGUUUCCCAAGUACUUUUUCACUACAUGUAGCGAUGUAGCUUGCGAUGAUGUCCGCUUACGUCGUAGUGUGGAGUGCCGUUCUUUGAUCGCAAACGCUUCCGAACGAAGUUGCCUCACUUGUUUGGCCGUCACGGUUAGAGGUCGACUGAUAGAGGACUGUCAAAUGUUGUCUGCUGACUCAUGGGAUACUAUUGUUGAAAGUGAAAUCAUGAAGUCGAUAGAAAUUGGACUGCAUUUUUUUAGUAAUUGUUCAUUAUCCCAUGAUCUUUCUUCAAGGGAAAAGUUCUGUUUUUUAUAUGUUAUUACAGUUUGUUAGUCAGCCGUUUUUGCCAAAGUUUGUCUAAGCAUGCUGUCGCUGUGUCGUGGCCACGCACCAAAUAGUGUGAUGUUUCUCAAUGUCUAGUUGUGCCCAUAAGCCAAACAAAAAAAAAACAAAACAAAACAAAACAAAAAUGGCAUCCAUAGAGUCUAGGUUUCGUCAAGCGCAAGGCACAUCCAAAACAACCAAAACAAAACACCCUCACACGCAACCACACGCUCCCAAUGUCUAAAUUCCAGUUUUACUCCCCCUCCUUUCUUCCUCCUAUCCAUUCUUACCCGCAUACACACACGCACACACACACACACAUACAGACAGACAGAACACACGUGGACGAUGUAGUAGCGCGAUACCGUAAAGUCACCGGUACCUGCUUUGUGAAGAGUAGAACAAAGGGAUGUAACCAAAACAAAAGUAUCUAACCUAAAACAAAACAAUCUGGACGAACGUCACACACGUGGUAGUUGCUGAUAGCGAGCGAGAGGGAGAGAGAGUAGCUGUCAAAGCUUGGGUCAGUGGUUGGACGGUCUGAAUCGAAGAGAAAGGCAAAGUUGCGUGCCCUGCAAAAGGAUACUUCUGCGGUAUAAAAUAAACAGAUUACUAAGAAGGUUUGCAGAACUGAGACACAGCACUAAUGUCAUCGGAAUCUCGAGCAUCGUGCAGGAGCAGUCGCGGAGCAGUAGUGAGUAGGAGUAGUUUGAGCAGGAGCGCUAGUGCUAAGAGAAUUUCUUCAUAGAUGAUGAUUAUAUACUUAUACAUGCAUAUUAUACUUAUACAUAAAUAUAUAUAUAUAUAUACACAGAUGGGCAGGCCACAGGGCCCCUUCAGCCCUUCACACUCCCCCCCCCCUUUUCCCGUCUCCCACGCCUCCCCCACAUGGACGUUAGGUAAUUAUUCCUCGUCGAUAGUUCAGACUCUAGUCAAAAAUCAUAGUUUUUAUUAAGGCUAAACAAUAGCAAAAACAACAACAACAACAAAAAAGACCACGUUUUUGUCUCAUGAUAUAUUAUAUAUAUUUAAUAUAUUAUAUAUAAACAUAUAUCUAUGCGAUGUUACUCAAUGUGUACCAACUCAAGAUCAACGAAACGUUCAAUAACAUGCGAUACUGGUAUGAACAGGCGGCAACGGCCUCUUUUCAACCUAUAAAGAUACAGUGAGAGAGAAAGCGAGAGAGAGAGAGAGAGAGAGAGAGAGAGAGAGAGAGAGAGAGAGAG